AUGUCUUCCUCCACCCAGACAGUCUUUCGCCUGACUUCGCGAACUGGAGUCGGCAACAUACAAGCGUACCAGGAGCCCAUCCCGACCUUCGGCGAUCAUGAGGUCCUCGUGAAGAUCAAAAGCGUCUCCAUCAACUAUCGCGAUAUUGCUAUUCAGAAUAACACAUAUCCUCUGGCGGUCAAGGACCAAGUCAUCCCCUGCUCAGAUCUUGCCGGUGAGGUGGUACAAGUCAGCGACAAGGUCAAGAACUUGGCCGUUGGGGAUACCGUCAUUGCUUCGUCCCACGCGGGCCAAUAUGGCUCGGUUAAAUCACUUGAAUAUGUCCUUGGAGGCCCGGUAGACGGCGCACUGAGAGAAUACAUUGUCCUGCCUGCAAGCCAGCUGGUGAAAGUGUCUACGUCCGCUCACACAGUUACCGAUUGGGCCGCCCUGAUAGGUACUGGAACAACCGCAUGGAAUUGCUUUUUUGGUGCGGUGCCACUUAAGCCGGGCCAGACAGUGCUUGUCCAAGGAACUGGGGGAGUUUCCUUGACUGCUCUCAUCAUCGCAAGAGCUGCUGGCGCUAAGACGAUCGUAACCUCAUCCAGUGAUGAGAAGCUCAAGAAGGUCAAGGACAAGUAUGGUGCCGAUUACACGAUCAACUACAAGACCCAUCCCAACUGGGCCGCUGAAGCGCAGCGUAUUACCGAGGGCCAGGGAGUUGAUCAUAUCAUAGAGAAUGGAGGUAUAGGCACAAUCGGGCAGAGUAUUGAGGCCGCGGCAAUGGGAGGGACGAUUUCUUUGGUUGGAUUUUUGGCAACUCUGCCGCAGGACCAGGUGCCAGAUGUGACAAUCAUGGCCCUCACUAAGGCCGUUACCCUCCGUGGGAUUCUAAUGGGGUCCAAACAGCAACUUGAAGAGAUGGCCGUAUUCUUCGGCAACCACAAUCUGCCAGUGCCGAUUGACAAAACUUUCCAGUACAACCGUGAGGAUAUCAUUGCUGCCAUGCAAUAUGUCGCCUCGGGAAAGCAUAUGGGAAAGGUGUGCAUCAACCUGAACUAA